GUUCUCGGCUAAAUUCCUGAUAGCUCGUUAUGUCCGCUAAGUAACGCUUUCAAGACGAGUCAAAUAACAAUAUUGCAGUGUAAUUUAUAGAUAAAAAUAUCCAUUAAGUAUUUUAAGAUUUAAGAAGGUUGAAAAUUAAAGCCUUUAUACAUAAUAACGAUCAGGAGUUUAUUAAAAACUAGGUCAGGCCUUACGGCGCUUAGAACUCUCUGAAGGAUAAAAAAAACUGACGAAGCCUAACGUGUUCAGAAGAUCAUUAUAAGAGAUUGCAAAACGAUUGUCAUUGAAGACGAAGACGAUGUUUUAGAUGAUCCUAUAAGAUUAUGGGACUCGGACGAGCGAGCAGUGUUUUGUAGUUAUCGUUUCAAAAAUACAUCGACUCAUCUUUCAUUAGACCGUGGAGAACAGUUAAAGGAAUUGUUGACACGAUCACAGGACACACUAGAUCCGCCUGAGAACUUGACAUUCUCGUCUUCCAAUCGUCCAAAGUGUCGCCCAUGUAGUGUCCAAGUUGUUGAUUGUAAUAAAUAUCCACACUUUUACGAACGCGAAUAUAAUACAAAGAGCAGGACGGUGACUUUGGAAGAAGAUAUGAUACUUAGAGAUGGCCUAGAGAACAUUAGACAAUAUUCAUUUUUCAAAGAAGACGUAGAAUACACACAUAAUGAAAGUAAAAGUAAGGAAAAGUUUGACACAGCAGAAAGUAUUACCUUCAGUGGUUGCAAAAAAUUCCUUAACCAAGAAAUAUAUUAUGACAAUCAAACAUUAGAUUUACAAGCAAAGCGAACGAAAGCUCAAACUAUGGAAGUAGAUCAAGGGCUGGGACAGUUCAAUAAUGCCGAUCAAACUUUUAAUAGUUCUGGUAAAACAUUAAAUAAUCUAAUAAUAUCAAGACCUCUGUAUGAAAAACAUAAAAUUAUAACUCCAAAAUUAACAUUAUUUAAAAUUGAUAAUUACUGGUCGAUUUCAAAACCUCAGGAUAAUUUAAAUAAAAAUAUGAUUGAGUCGAUGAAAAUCAGAAAUCGAUACAGCGAAAAUACAAGCACAGCCAAGAAAUUACCCAAUAAAAUGAAACAAAUACAUAAUAAGUGCUGUAGUCUUUCAAAAGGCGAUUAUAAAACGACAAAUUCUAUAAAGUUUAACCAAAUGAAAUAUGAAAAUAUAAUCCAAAAUCAAGGACCUGUAAGAUGGAUAGCUCCUACAUUAACUGACCCAGCACCAGAAAGAGUAGCUGAGGGAAGACUCUCACUCUUUCAUGAGAACAGUCCAUACAGAAGCUAUGGAUGUCAGGAGACAUUUAAUAGGUCCCGUAAAAUAAUACCCCAUUAUCAUGAACAUCCAUCUUUUGAUGAAGAAAGAAGUGACAGGAAAAAUGCAGAGGUAGCUCGUCACCAGAACCAUAGAGCCUUAAAGCGUGUAAGAAAUUUUGAUUCCUCUAAUCCUUUAAAUUUGGGACAUGUCAAUGCUAUUGUGGGUCAAAAUAAACCAGUAGAUGAUUUUUAUAUAAUUGAUAGUAAUGAAUUACAUGAUAACGAACCUAAUAAUUUCAAUACUAAUCACAUUUUUGAUAUAUCACAUGUUAAUCGUGUGGGUAGUAACAGUGGAGUGUGCGCUGAGAAUAGUUCAAUUUACAAAUACAUUGAUUCAGACUUCUAUAAUAAGAAAUUAAUCGUCGAAAAUGGAGGUAGAUUAAUAAAUCAAAGGCCAGAAAUAUUCAGAUCAUUAGAUGAAGAAAGAUCUCUCUAUCAAUUUAAUUCGUCUUGGGAACACGACAGUAUUUUUUCUCCAUUUUUUCUUACUUCUCUAGAUUGUAAUGUAUAUGACGUAUCAAAGAAUUCUCAAAAUUUUGACCUUUUUCCAAUAACAAGUUCUGAAAGCAUGAUUUAUAACAAUGUUAAUGUUGAAAGUAUUUCAAGGAGAUCGAAUGUAACCUAUUUGGAGCAAUAUAUGAAUUUCCUUAAAGAUUUAAAUAGGGAAAGACUUUAAUAAAUGAAGUUACGGAUAAUCAUGUAUUUGAAUUUAAAUAAUUUGUACUCAAAAUUAUAUAUUAAGAAGGAAUAUAUGAAACAACUAACAAACAUUUAUCAAAUCAUAUAACUCUGCAAAAGAAUCAUACGUAAGAAUGUACCAUUAAUUUCGCUCUAAUUUGUUGAAAUUCUUAGAAUGAAAGGACUGAUUAUAGGAAUUCUUAGAAUUAUGGUAAUUAUAGAAUUUUUUAGAAUUUGAGGACUGAGUCAAUGUUAUAAUUCUGAAGUGUAUUUUCUAACAAAGUCCGUAUAUUUGUACAUUAUUUUUGUUAUUGUUGACGAUCAUUACUACAUCUUGAUUAAAGAAAUAAGUUUUUUUUUUAGUAAGUGAAGUUAUUAUGUUUUUUU